UGGCAAGGAAAAACUCAGAGGAAGAGGAAGAAACCUUGAGAGGAACCAAGACUCAGAAGGGGAACCCAUCCUCCUCUGAUCGACACCGGAUAGCAAACAUUGUUCCCCGUCAAUGAAAAUGAUGCUUGUUCCAUGAACACACAGUUAUCCAGUAAUGCAAGAUGGCAAGCUCUGUGCCAGCGAUAUUACUGGAAACUCUUCAGGAAUUGGGGAGGGAAAACCUGAAGUCAUUCCAGUGGCAUCUGAUUAAUGGUGUGGAAGGUUUUAACUGCAUCCCAAGAGCUUGGCUGGAGAAGCCAGAAUUCAUGGACACUGUGGACAAAAUGGUACAGUGUUAUGAACACAGUGGAGCUGUGGAGAUCACGCUGGUAAUCCUGAGGAAGAUUAACCAGAACCAGCUGGCUAUGGAUCUGAGAAUAAAGAUCAAAGAGAACGAAGACAGAUGUGAAAAGAAAACUGAUAAGACUCUAGCAGCCUCCACUACAGCUGAAAAUGGAGAAGCAAUCAAAGCCUCAGAUGCAGAUGAACACCAAAACCAGUUGAUCUCCAAACUGAGGCACACAUAUGAACGUAUACUGAUUGGGAAUUCACAGACAGGUCAUAGGGAGUACUUGGAUGAUGUCUACACAGAUCUCAUUGUAGUGCCAAAUGAAAGUGGAGGAGUCAUUCACAAGCAUGAGAUGAUGCAACUUGAAGGGUUGUCCCACAGACCUGGAGGUGAGGAGAUUUUUGUCAAAUGCAGUGACCUUUUCAAGGUCCAACCUGGUACAAGUCGGCAAAACAGGAAAGUGUUGACAAUGGGAAUUGCUGGAGUGGGCAAAACUGUGUCAGUGAGCAAAUUCAUAUCCGACUGGGUGAAGAAAGUGGAGAACCGAGACAUAAACUUUAUUUUCCCUCUCCCGUUCCGUGAAUUGAAUCUGAUAAAAGAUAAUAAGUACAGUUUGAUUGAACUCCUGAAUCAUUUUUUUUCCAUGUCGACACUUAAGCUGGAGUCUCUUCCAGAGGAUGAGGGAAAAGUUCUGUUUGUUUUUGAUGGACUUGAUGAGUGCCGCUUUCCCCUAUGCUUUGAACAUGGUCACGAACUGAAAGAUGUCAAUGAGAAGGCUUCGUUGGGCUCACUGAUCACAAAUCUGGUCAAAGGAAAUCUACUUCCCUUUGCUCUCAUCUGGAUAACUUGCCGACCAGCAGCGGCCCAACUGAUUCCCCGGGAUCAUAUUGACUUAGUGACAGAAGUACAAGGAUUCAGUGAUGAACAAAAGGAGGCAUAUUUCAGCAAAUACUGUAAAGAGGAUGUGGCAAUGAAAAGGAACAUGAUAUCCCACAUAAAGAAAACAAGGAGCCUCUAUAUCAUGUGCCAAAUACCAGUCUUCUGUUGGAUCACUGCAACUGUUCUUCAGCCACUGAUGGAACAAGACAGAAAUAACGAAAUCCCUGCAACCCUGACAGGAAUGUACACAAACUUCCUUCUUCAGCAAAAGCAAAUAAUGGUGAAGAAAUAUCACAAGGAACACGAAGCAACCAAAAAAACUCUAGACACAGAUCACAUCAUUCUGAAGCUUGGUAAACUGGCCUUCAAUACUCUUGAGAGUGGUCGUCUGCAUUUCUAUGAAGAUGACCUUAUGAAAAGUGGCAUUGAUGUCGCUGGUGGCACUGUGUUCUCUGGAGUGUGCACACAGAUUUUCGGUCAGGAACAAAAAGUUUCUGGAAAGAACAUCUUCAGCUUUGUGCACUUGAGUGUUCAGGAGUGCCUUGCAGCUAUAUACGUGCAUUACAAAUACUGCAACCAGAGAAGGAAUGUUUUUGAACCAAGAACUAUUUGUAACAUGCUGAAAUGGAAGAAUAAGAAUAUAGCAGACCUUCAUAAGUGUGCAGUGGAAAGGGCUUUGAAGAGUGAACGUGGACAUUUGGAUCUUUUCCUCCGCUUUCUCCUUGGCCUCUCGCUGGAGUCCAAUCAGAAAACCCUACAAGAACUCCUGAAAAAAUUGAAGAUUAGUGUACACAGUGUUAGGGACACCACUAACUACAUUAAGGAGAAACUGAAUGAGCAAACAUCAUCUGACAGAAGCAUGAAUCUCCUCCAUUGUCUGAGUGAACUGAAGGACAACUCCCUGACAAAGGAAAUCCAAGACUACCUGACUUCUGGAUGUCUGUCAUCACAGGAGCUCUCAUCAACCCAGUGGUCAGCUCUGGUGUUUGUGUUGCUGAUGUCAGAGGAGACUGAAGAAAGGUUUGAGCUCAAGAAAUAUAGACCAUCAGACGAAGGACUGAAGAGACUACUGCCAGUGAUGAAAAACACACAACGAGCUUUGUUGGACCGCUGUAACCUCAAUACAGACAGCUGCACAGCAUUGGCAUCAGUGUUGAGUUCAAGUUCAUCACUGAGAGAGCUGGACCUGAGUUACAACGACCUGCAAGAUAGAGCAGUUGACCUGCUGUCUGCCGAACUUAGUAAUUCACACUGUAAACUGGAGGUACUGAGACUAGCUGGCUGUAAUCUUACCAUGAACUCCUGUGAAGCACUUGCAUCAGUCCUACAAUCAGAAAACUCCCACCUAAAGGAACUGGAUCUCAGUGAUAAUGACCUGCAGGAUUCAGGAGUUAAGCUGCUUUCUGGUGGACUAAAAAGUUCACAAUGUAAACUAGAGGUACUCAGAUUGUCUGGUUGUUUAGUCACAGAUGAAAGCUGUUCUUCUCUGGCAUCAGCUCUGAGCUCAAACCCCUCAUACCUGAAAGAACUAGAUCUCACUUACAACAACCCGGGACACUCAAGGGUGAAUAUGCUGUCUGCUAGACUGGAGGAUCCACAAUGCAAACUGAAGAUGCUCAGGAUGGAACAUGCAGGGAAGAACAGGAUCAAACCAGGCUUAAGAAAAUAUGGCUGUGAACUCAAACUGGACCCAAACACGGCACACUCGCGUCUCUCUCUGUCCAACGGAAACAGAAAAGUGACGUGUUCUGGACAGGUGUGUGUGCAGCAGUCGCAUCCUGAUCAUCCGGAGGGAUUCGAUUACUGGGAGCAAGUGCUCUGCAGAGAGAGUCUGACUGGACGCUGUUAUUGGGAGUGUGAGUGGAGUGGGGUGAGGGCUGAAAUAGCAAUAACAUACAAAGGGAUCAGUAGAAAAGGAAAAAGCUAUGACAGCAGGUUUGGGUGGAAUGAAAACUCCUGGAGUUUGGACUGCUCUGAAGACACCUGCUGUGCCUUACACAACAAGAAGGGAACGGAUAUACCUGAUGCCCCCUUGCUCUCCAAAAGAGUAGGAGUAUUUCUGGACUGGUCAGCCGGUACACUGUCCUUUUAUAGCAUCUUCUUUGAGAAACGCAAACUGAUCCACACAUUCCACUCUAAAUUCGCUGAGCCCCUGUAUGUCGGGUUCAGGGUUGGUGAGGAGUCCUCUGUGUGUUUGUGCCAGAUAGAAUAGCCUCCUGGAGGAACACCUAAGGACCAAUCCCAUUUCUUCAUUAACAGCUACUAGCGCUGCUCUGUAGGCGACCCUGCCAGUCUGCAGUGACAGCAGAGGAGGGUAAAGUUCAGCUCCUCACUG